AUGCUCAAGUUCGAGCCCCGCGUGCACUGGAGGAACGCCCGUGAAAAGUUCAGGGUCUGGAUUGAUGUAAAGGAUGGUCGUGAGGUGGACACGACGUCGAUCAACAUUCACAAGAAGCCGGAGAACGAGACGCCUGCGUACUUCCUGCAGUGCGUGCAGGCUUAUAUCGCCAAGGGUGGCGACGUCUUUGGCGAGUGGAUCGGUCCCAAGACGACGACGGCGUCGGAAAAAGACAAGUACUUGGAGCAGGCGGUUGAGACGGAGUCCCGCGAGGAGGCGGAGACGCUGCUCAAGACGCAUUUCAAGUCCUGGUGGGUACGUAACCAUGCGAAUUGCCAGGCUUUCUUGAGGACCAAGAAGGGUCCUUCUGCCAAACCCCAUGCGCCUUCCUUUCCUCCCUUACCCUGGAAGGUGCCGAGAAGGUUGCUUCAGUGGCGGCAAAAGAACUUUGACGUGGCCCGGCUUGGUCGUCCGACAUGUCUCGUCAUCGUCGGUCGGCCCCGCUCUGGCAAGACCGAGUGGGCUCUUUCCUUUGGUCGUCCAGCUCACAUGACGGGUGAGUGGAAUAUGGAUGAACUCAUGAAGCCGGACAUUACACAUGUUGUCCUCAACGAUAUCAAGUUGAGGGCUUUUCCCUACAAGCGUGACCUUGCUGGCUGUCAGGAGUACAUCACCGCCACAGGCAAGUACCGCGAGCAGCGGACCAUUCGCAUGGGUAUACCAGUCAUCUGGACUUGUAAUGAGGACAAUGAUGUUACCAAGGACAAGGAUAUUGGUCAGUAUUUGCUUGAGACAGCCGUGAUUUAUCGUGUGCCAAAGGGGAAGAUGUUGUAUGGGAAGUAG